AACUUGCUUACAACGCACAACGGAAUUAGAUUUCUCUUCGUUAUUCGAAAUUGCGAAGUGAAAAAAUGAAUUUCAAACUGUUAGGAGCUAUUGCUGUUUUAUCUGUCUUCAUGAUCAAUCAGAUUGUCAAAGUUGAAUCGGCAGCAAUCUUAGAUAAAAUUGAGGAAAGACAGUUGACAGAACUUGAAAAAAGACACAUCAGCGGCGAUGGUAGCGUAGACGAUAGCGGAGACGAUAGUGGUGAUGAUAGUGGUGAUGACAGUGGUGAUGAUGAAGAAAAGAGAGACAUCAGUGGAGAUGAUAGCGGAGACGAUAGCGGAGACGACAGUGGUGAUGAUAGUGGUGAUGACAGUGGUGAUGAUGAAGAAAAGAGAGACAUCAGUGGAGAUGAUAGCGGAGACGAUAGCGGAGACGACAGUGGUGAUGAUAGUGGUGAUGACAGUGGUGAUGAUGAAGAAAAGAGACACAUCAGUGGAGAUGAUAGCGGAGACGAUAGUGGUGAUGAUAGUGGUGAUGACAGUGGUGAUGAUGAAGAAAAGAGAGACAUCAGUGGAGAUGAUAGCGGAGACGAUAGCGGAGACGACAGUGGUGAUGAUAGUGGUGAUGACAGUGGUGAUGAUGAAGAAAAGAGACACAUCAGUGGAGAUGAUAGCGGAGAUGAUAGUGGUGAUGAUAGUGGUGAUGAUAGUGGUGAUGAUGAAGAAAAGAGAGACAUCAGUGGAGAUGAUAGCGGAGACGAUAGCGGAGACGAUAGCGGUGAUGAUAGUGGUGAUGAUGAAGAAAAGAGAGACAUCAGUGGAGAUGAUAGCGGAGACGAUAGCGGAGACGAUAGCGGUGAUGAUAGUGGUGAUGACAGUGGUGAUGAUGAAGAAAAGAGACACAUCAGUGGAGAUGAUAGCGGAGAUGAUAGUGGUGAUGAUAGUGGUGAUGAUAGUGGUGAUGAUGAAGAAAAGAGAGACAUCAGUGGAGAUGAUAGCGGAGACGAUAGUGGUGAUGAUAGCGGUGAUGAUGAAGAAAAGAGACGUUAGGAAGAGAAAUAUAUGAUUAUCAAAACUUAAACAUAAUACACUUGGAAAAUUAAUACUGGAAAAAUGGUCUGAAAAUUGGAAUUAAACUGAGAUAAUUGGAAAAUUUAGAUCAUAAAAUGGAUAAAUUUUGGGUCUAAUUGUUAAAUUUACUUUUUUCAAAUAUACAUACUUUUUAUCGAUUUAGAAAAAAGUAAAUGAAAUAAAUAUCUCAGCAUUAUGGUAAAUACUUGCAAAAAUUAGUAUUACAAAUAAAAGGUUUGUUUGACAUUUAGUUAAAUAUAAAAGUGUAAACUAAUAAAGCUGUCGUCGGUCUUUUACAUGAUGAUGAAAAAACAGUUCCGUUUAUUAUAAUUGAAGUAGAAAACAAAUGAAAAUUGUACACAUUGUAUACUAGAACAGUAUUAAACACGGAACAUAUUAGAUUACUAUCAGUCAUAAUUGAGCUGACUAAUUAGAAAGAGAUUGUUUUUGUGGAAAGCGGCUGUUCAGGCUGAAAAAUACAUAUGCGUAGUGUAUUUCUUUUUUGUUUAUUCAAAACACUGAUGUUGAAUGCCAAAAAUGAUUACAUUUCAAUAUCAAUAAAUCAUGCUAGCUUAAUUUAUUUUAAAAAUUAUUUUUUCCCGUCAUUCUUUAAAUUGUUCGAUACUCUUUAACUCAUCGGAAGAGUUUCAUCGGACCACUCGAGAAUAUCCGCAGUUGAGAAUGGCGCUGUUGUAUCGCUGUCAACCCUGUCCCUUCUAAAAUCAUGCAAAUGUAGAUCAUCUAAUUUUAACUGUCUCAUUUUGGAGACUAAUUUUAAUUGACC